AUUUCCAGGUUUAAAAAGUCACGGGAAGAGUUCCGUUUGCCUCUUAACAUGAGGUGCACUUGUUUUGGAUUUUGAUUGGCCAGUGAGGCUGCAAACGCCCCGCCCCUGAGCUAUCCGCCGCUCCUGAUUGGUCGAGGCCGUCGCCUGUCUCGGGGACACCCGGAGAGGCACGAGCUGGCCCGUGAGCCUGCGCUCGCGAGUCCUCAGUGUCGGACACGUAGUGGGAAAGAGCAGGUCCCGAUGCACAAGUCACGGCAGCCCUGGGCGGAGAUGAAGGCGGACUCCGACCGGCUCUGACUUUUAAAAGCCCUUUUCAUUCAGGAGGUCGGUGGCCGACGGCCAUCAACAUGGCAGACCCGUCAUCCCAGGACCCCGCCGCUGCGAAAAUGGCGUCACUUAACCGGGUCCGAGCUUUGGCGAUGCUUUUCUUAACCGUCACCGGCUGCUGUGUCACCCCGACAAGUGGCAAGGAAGGGUCCGAGGAGACCGUCAUCAUCGGGCUGCGACUGGAGGACACGGACGACAUUUCCUUCAUGGAUAAGGGAUACCUGCGCGUGAGCGAGCGCUCGCGGGUGAAGUUACGGGUUUACGGGCAGAACAUCAACAACGAGACCUGGUCCAAAAUAGCUUUUACGGAACACGAGCGGAGCCGGCCGGCAGGGAGCUUCGACAGCUCCUCGGGGGAUAACGAGAGCCAGGAGGAGUCCUCCGGCUCGCAUCCCUGCGGGAUUAGGACUUCGGAUAUAAUCAUAUUACCCAACAUCAUCCUGAGUCGGAAAACCUCCGGAGUUGUGGAAAUUGAGGUCAAACCUCUGAGGAAGACUGAAAGGAGUAAAGCGUAUUACCUCUGCAUCGCCACCUCUGCGCCGGCUGUGGCCGGGAUGCACGACCCGUGGACGGAGAACACCUGGAUCUACCACGAUGGGGACGACACCAGGGUGAUAGUGGUGGAGGAGAAGAAGUUCCUGCUGCCUUUCUGGCUGCAGGUCAUUUUCAUCUCCAUGCUGCUCUGCCUGUCCGGCAUGUUCAGCGGCUUGAACCUGGGGCUCAUGGCUCUGGACCCCAUGGAGCUCCAGAUCGUCCAGAACUGCGGUACCGAGCGGGAGAAGAAUUACGCCAAAAAGAUCGAGCCGGUCCGGAGCCAGGGGAACUACCUGCUGUGCUCGCUGCUGCUCGGGAACGUGCUGGUCAACACCACGCUGACCAUCCUGCUGGACGACAUCGCCGGUUCCGGUCUGAUCGCCGUGGUCAUGUCCACCAUAGGAAUAGUGAUCUUUGGAGAAAUCGUGCCCCAGGCCAUCUGCUCCAGGCACGGCCUCGCUGUGGGCGCCAACACCAUCUUCCUCACCAAGUUCUUCAUGCUGCUCACCUUCCCUGCGUCCUACCCGGUCAGCAAGCUGCUGGACUACCUGCUCGGACAGGAGAUCGGAACCGUGUACAACCGGGAGAAGCUCCUGGAGAUGCUGCGCGUAACGGACCCCUACAACGACCUGGUGAAGGAGGAGCUGAACAUCAUCCAGGGCGCCCUGGAGCUCCGGACUAAGACCGUGGAGGACGUGAUGACGCCGCUGAGAGACUGUUUUAUGAUCCCGGGGGACGCCACUCUGGACUUCAACACGAUGUCAGAAAUCAUGAAGAGCGGCUACACGCGCAUCCCGGUGUUCGAGGGCGAGAGGUCCAACAUAGUGGACCUGCUUUUUGUGAAGGACCUGGCCUUCGUGGACCCGGAUGACUGCACGCCGCUCAAAACCAUCACCAGGUUUUACAGCCACCCGCUGCACUUUGUUUUUAAUGACACCAAGCUGGACGCCAUGCUGGAGGAGUUUAAAAAAGGAAAAUCCCACCUGGCCAUAGUUCAGAGGGUGAACAACGAAGGUGAGGGAGAUCCUUUCUACGAGGUUCUGGGAAUCGUCACCCUGGAGGACGUGAUAGAAGAAAUAAUAAAGUCAGAGAUCCUGGACGAGACGGACUUGUACACUGACAACAAGACGAAGAAGAAAAUCACCCAUCGGGAAAGGAAGCAGGAUUUCUCAGCCUUCAAGCCGACCGACAAUGAGAUGAAGGUUAAAAUUUCACCUCAGCUUCUGCUGGCUACCCUGCGUUUCCUAGCAACAGAGGUGGAGCCCUUCUCGCCGGCACAGAUGUCCGAAAAGAUUCUGCUGCGAUUACUGAAGCAUCCCAACGUCAUCCAGGAGCUGAAGUACGACGAGAAAAACAAGAGAGCAGCGGAGCACUACCUCUUCCACAGGAACAAGCCCGUGGACUAUUUCAUCCUUGUUCUGCAGGGGAAAGUGGAGGUGGAGGCAGGAAAAGAGGGGAUGAAGUUUGAAGCGGGACCUUUCACCUUCUACGGGAUGAUGGCGCUGACCACUUCACCUGUGCCUCUGUCCCUGUCUCGUACGUUUGCUGUCAGCAGAACUGAAUCAUUAGCAGGAUCUCCAGAGAACAAGUCGCCUCCGCGGCCGUUUGGGGUGAACCACUCGGAUUCUCUGAACAGGGGCGACCGGGUGGAUGCUGUCACCCCGACGCUGGGCAGCAGCAACAACCAGCUCAACUCCUUCCUUCAUAUCUACGUCCCUGAUUCUUCUGUCAGAGCGCGCUCAGACCUGCAGUUUAUUAAGGUAACGCGCCAACAGUACCAGAACGCCGUGAUGGCGUCACGGAUGGACAAGACUCCCCAGUCGACAGACAGUGAAUUCACAAAGAUCGAACUCACGCUGACGGAGCUCCAUGACAGAGUGGAGGCCCCGCCCCUCCUCACCACCAUGACCAGCACCACAAGCCCCUCCCCCGCAGUGGCCAUCUCCAUAGCUAACGAGACAUCCCACCUGAUCAGCCAGCAGCAGAACUGUGUGGGUCUGAGCAGGAGCAACCACAGCACCCACAACGAGGGACCCAUCUAGCCCCGCCCCCUGCUGAGCUGGUGGAGCCUAACACCUUCCACCAUGUCCGGUGGACGCAGGCGGAGCGCUGGCGUAGAUGGAGAUGAGGGAACAUGGGGCUUCUGCAAGCCCCUCCCCCUGGUCAGUCAGUCAGACCCCAUUAGCAGGGCGUGGCGGGUGCUCCGCCCCCACCUGAACGCUGUCACACCUGCUGCACCAAACACCCUCCUGUAGGGAGAGGGAGUCCCGGAUGGAACCUGUCACCGGGCGUUUGUUUGGGACGAUCUAACGCAGGACGGCGGAGCGCAGGAGGACACAAGCCAACGCGCGCGUUGUUGCUCCUCAGGACCAAAGACUUUGGUCCCCCUGC